UUUCUGGUAGAAAUCAAUUUUUAAUAAAAAUGACUGCACAAGGAUCACCUGCUAAAAUUAAGGAAUUACGUUUACCUAUGUCAAGGGUAAAAACAAUUAUGAAAAGUUCUCCAUACGUUGAUACAAUUGGUCAGGAUGGGUUAUAUUUAGUCACGAAAGCUACGGAAUUGUUCAUACAUUAUAUAACGGAAGAGGCACAUUUACUAAACAGCAAAGGAAAUUCUUUAGACUACAAACAUCUGGCAGAAGUGGUCCAGACUAAUGAUGUAUUGGAAUUUCUCAGAGAAAUAAUGCCUAGGAAAAUAACAGUCAGACAAUUUAAGGAAAUGAUGGCUGCCAAGAAUUCAAACAGCAGUUCAUCAGAAAGUAGUUCAGACUCAGAUAGUGAUAGUGAGUCAGACACAGAUUCUUGUUCUGAUAGUGAUGAUAAGAAAACAGAAGAUGGCAACUCAUCAAAUAGUGAGCAAGAAAGUGACACAAAAUCAUAUGUUAGAGUUGACUCUGCAAGUGACAAAAGUGAGGCUAGUGUAAAAAGUGACAGUGAAGAUGAG